CCAUCUUUUUUCUCAGACAGGCUUAGGCAGACAACAGCAAAAGCAAACAUGUCGACCGCUGUGGAACUUCCAGCACCAGUGCGAGUCUCGCCCCUCAUCAAAUUCGGACGCUGGAGUCUGCUGACCGUGGGCAUCCUCUAUGGCAUGAGCAGACACCGUUCGCUGGCCAAGAAAGAGGCCGCGCUCAGGGAAGUGGAGGCCAAGAGGCAGGCUGAACUCGCCCCCAAGUUGGCUGCCGAGAAGGCCCGUUUGUCCAAACAAGAGCUGGAUGACCUGGCUAGAGCUGCUGGAGUCACCGUCACCAACUGAGAUGGAUGGCUGACCUUUCAUUCUGUGUAGAUGGAGAUCGAGUCCUUGAUUCUGUGUAUAUAAAAGAGUUAAUUAAUACAUAAUAUUCGUUUAAAAUCUAAAAA